AUGCCUCUCUUUGCGCACAACAAGAAGGAUCCACCUCAACACAAACACGCCUAUCUCUCGGGCAACUUUGCACCUAUCGACCAGACGCUGCCUCUAACUCCAUGCACAUACGAAGGAACCAUCCCCUCGGAGCUCGCGGGUGGUGAAUAUGUCCGCAAUGGUGGAAACCCUGUGAAGAAUGAAGACCUGGGUCGUGAUGCCCACUGGUUCGACGGCGACGGUAUGCUCAGUGGUGUGUCGUUCACCAGACAAUCAGACGGUUCUGUUCAGCCCGAGUUUGUCAACCAGUACAUCCUAACAGACAUCUUCCUGUCAACUGCCGCCUCUCCACGCCUGCGCUCGCCCAUCCUGCCCAGCAUUGCAACUCUAGUUAAUCCUCUCUCGUCCCUCGUCGCCAUCGUCCUACGUAUCCUCCGUACCGUCGUGCUCGUCAUCCUGUCCUUCUUGCCAGGUUCUACUCGCGCCAUCAAAAGGAUUAGUGUCGCCAACACAUCCAUCCUCUAUCACGACGGCAGGGCACUGGCAACAUGCGAGAGCGGUCCACCAAUGCGCAUUGCCCUCCCUGGACUGGAAACCAUUGGCUGGUACGACGGAAAUCGCGCCGAGGGCGAGCCAGAGUCGCACAACAAGAACGAUCUCUCCUUCUCAGGCAAUGGUUUACUCGGCUUCCUGCGUGAGUGGACUACUGCUCAUCCAAAGGUCGACCCGAUCACCAAAGAGAUGAUGCUGUUCCACUCUACCUUCCUCCCGCCAUACGUCCAGUACUCUAUCAUCUCACCGACCUCUGCUCGCUCCGAGACCAACAAGGGCAUUGUGCAGCGACCAGUUCCUGGAAUCACUGGCGCUAAAAUGAUGCACGACUUUGGCGUAUCUCUCAAGCACACUAUUAUCAUGGAUCUUCCACUGUCUCUCGACCCUUUCAACCUCGCAAAGAACAAACCUGUCAUCGAGUACGACGCCACGAAGCCUGCACGCUUUGGUGUCUUCCCUCGCCACCACCCGGAACAAGUCAAGUAUUUUGAGACUACCGCUUGUUGCAUCUUUCAUACUGCCAACGCUUGGGAUGAUUUUGAUGCUUCGGGCCAAGUCGAGACCGUUCACCUUUUAACCUGUAGAUUGACAUCUGCUUGUCUGGUUUUCAGUGCCGGCAACAUCGCUGCGCCUCGUCCUACAAACGACACUGUGAAGGCUGUCAAGAAGAGCAUGCCCUUCUUUUCCAAGUAUAACGCAGAUGAACAAUGUCUGUAUGAGGGGGCACCUGGGUUGGAAUCACCUAGUCUGGAGCGCGAGCCUUUGAUACAAAUAACAGGCAAUCACCAGGAUGAUGCGUCAUACUUUGGCAAACAAGAAGACGACGAUGAGGAGACCAUCGAGGACGACCAAUGCCGACUAUACCACUAUGCUUUCUCUCUCAAGUCUUCACAGAUCACUGCCCAGUAUGCACUGUCUGGGAUCUCUUUCGAGUUCCCUUCUGUACAUCCUGAGUUCGACAUGCAGAAAGCUCGCUAUGUCUAUGGAUGUACUACAUCGAUCUCUUCUUUCAACGCCGCUCUGGGUCGCUCUGUCAAGAUUGACGCACUGGCCAAGAUUGACACAAAAGCGCUGAUUGAGACUGGCGAUCGCUUGACUGAGUUGGGAAAGCUGGAACCAGUGACCGGCUGUGUGGAUACUCGCACUGUUCAAGAGAUUGCGGAUCAUCCUCUUCAAAAUGAUCCAAUCCAGAUUUUCCGUAUGCCUGCCGGCUGGUACGCGCAGGAACCCAGAUUUGUCCCACGAAAGGCUUCUCCGGGACAAACGUCGGCGGAAGAUGACGGCUUCCUCCUCGCAUAUGCUUUUGACGAGUCUCAGCUGGGCCCUGACGGGGAGGUACCCUCUGAUGAAGAUGCCACAGUCAGAGCAAAGAGUGAACUCUGGAUCAUCGACGCCAAAGAUAUGAAUACAGUCGUUGGCAGAGUGGCUCUCCCACAACGCGUACCUUACGGACUUCACGGCACGUGGUUCCCUGAAGAGAACAUACUCGGCCAAAAGGCUGUCGAGACAGUCCGCAGCAUCAGCGAAGCCAAGCUGAAGAAAGAUGGAAGCACCUGGAUGAAAAUCAGGGCUUCGAUAGAGGGCAUGCUCUCUUAA